UUUUCGCUCGUCCACUCUUCUCUGCACAAAGCCCUAUUCCAACCUGCCGAUCAUGACCCGAGCAUACUACAACCAUCGACAGCCUCGUCAGUCACCUCCCAACCCCCAUGGGUACGCUCUACGUGCCAGGCCUGAGUGCCCAUACGUCGCUCCCCGGCGCCAAAGAAGGAGAAUCCCGCCUACGCCAUUGGAGUCUAUAUCACGGAGACUGGCACAAGAAACUAUGAAACGUCUCGAACAAGGCUUCCGCAACUCAGCGGGGCAGGCAUUUGGUCCUGCAAAGAAGACUCGUGAAGGCUGCACCAUCGUGAAGAAGAAGACCGGGAAUUCCUAUUGCCAAAUUUGUCCUCGGGGGACGGUUACCCAGUUUACUGCACAGAGGGUUGCUAUAAUUGCCUACAAAGGCCUUCGAGACCGCAAAAACCUUUUAUACAAUGGAAUGGAAGCCAGUCAUCUUUGCAACAAGCCGAAAUGCGUCACCAGCAACCACCUCACUGUUGAGCCACAUGACGCCAACAUGGCACGCAAGGACUGCGAGCAGGGCCCCACACUACAAAUUGAGACCAAAGCCCAGACCCACGAGGUAUUGUCUCCGCAUGAGUGUAAUUGCUCGGGGGCAAAUUGUAUCCCAAAGAUCUUGCAUGCGGUUGCGUGCUAUGAAAAAUUGUAUGCUCUAUGUACCCAUCGUGUCACCAGCUGCUCUUGUGCAGCGCUACAGUCUGACAAUCUGGUCAGCGGUCGCUGCAAAUUGCGACCGAAUCUUGACCUUCAUAUUGGGAAGCACGAGGUUUCAGAAGCUUCCCCUGAUCAAUGUCAAUGCCGAAAGGGUGACUGUACCCCGCAGACCUUGACUGCGAAACUGAGCUACGCCGCGUUGCAUCCUCUGUGUAGUGGCAGGCGCUACUUGUGCGCAUGUGCUAUCUCAGCAUGA